AAUAAGUGAAGAGAGAGUAUAUAUGUAAAGUGUAUUUGUGCUAUACAUCUAUUAAAAAGUGCUCAAUGGGGUGGUAAGCUAAAGAGAGGUAUCUCAGACGUACUCGCAAGGUCCGCGAAAGAUAGUGUUAUUUAUAUAAUAUCAGUCAUCCACACGAAAUAAAGAAUAGCUCACGAAAGAAACAUCUGUAUGGAAGGCAGUACAACGAGAAAGUAUCAGAAAGAUGUGACAGGAACCAGAGAUUUUAUUUGUAUACGCGACAAUGUCUACCAUCCGUUCGAACAUCUCCAAACUUGAAUGACUGCGCUUUUCGCUGCUCACGUUGCAAAGAUGGACGCCGGCGAGCCUCGUCAUGCCUGCGACAAGUGCCUCAAAACUUACCAACGUCGGGACUUGCUUUUGCGCCAUCGAAGGCGCUGCCUACGGCUCAAGAAGUCAAUGACACGCAGAAAAGCCUGCAACGCAUGUGUUCAGGCAAAGGCCAAAUGCUCCUACGCUCAGCCCUCGUGCUCCCGCUGUGCCCAACGGGGCAUCCCAUGCCAAUACCUUUCCUUGCCAAUUAGAGAGGACGAGAGGGCCAAAGCAGGAGACAUGUCCGGAGAAAGCACCAGUCAGCCUACCGAUGCCUCAGACCCGCCAGUCCGAGGCAAUACAUUUGCGGAAACAAUGGCUGGCAGUGUCGAACCAAGUUCGACCGGGGGCUCACAAUUGUUUCCGUGGUCACUUGACAAGAGCGAUCUGCCUUCAAUGCAGUUAUCGACGCCGACCGCUAUGACUAGGUUCGGAAAUCCUGUCACUCCGCCCGCGACAGAUGGGUUCUCUCAAGGGCUCAUGUACAAUUCUCUGGCGGAGAACUCAUCCCUGGGUCUACUAGACCUCGACUUUCCCACGGUGAAUCUGGACGGGCUGGAUGCUGAUUUCACACCGCCGCUGAGCGUCUCCGACCCGACACCAAUUGACCAUCGCCUUCCUGACUUUGUCUUCUUGCUGAAGCAAUAUCCUAAAUUACUACUUCGCGAUGACUUCUCCUCGCCAUUUCUCCAUCACAGUCUAUACAGCGAUAAUGUGCCCGACAUGACAACGCUGGCGCGUACCUCGACGGCAAUAUGCUGCGGAAGUGCGAUAGGGAUGAAGGACGGAGCACGCUACGUCAAAAGGGCAAUGGACGCGGAGCGCCAGAGAUUGAUAGAUGCCUACCCUUCGUACCAAUGCAUGCAACAAUGGGAUGCUUUGCAUGCCAUGUUAAUAUAUGCAAUUUUGGAGAUGGAGCUGACUCUCGAAGAUGACAGCGAGGCUUGGAAACAAAAGCCUCCUGUCAAAGGCCUGAAGUCACCGUUUCUCGUGAAGAUGACGCAGUGCCUCAUCAAAUCCCACUCCGACUCUUCCAAUGCCGACUUCAUCUCUGGCUCAAGUUCUUUAUCCUGGAAUCAAUGGACGGUCGCCGAAACGACACGUCGUACAAUUUUUCUCGCAAAUAUGAUCAAUUUUCUUGGCAAUCGUGACUCCGAGACUGGCCAGAAAUCGCCUUAUUAUGAACCACUGAACAAUAAAUUGAUCUUGAAUAUGCCCCUUCCAUGCAGUCAUGCUCUGUGGACCGCGCGGACUGAGUAUGAUUGGACGCUUGCUAUGCAGCUGCAUCAGACCAAUCCUUGGCCAGCCGCGAGUGACCCAUUAUCCGUGUUCGACCUCUCUGAGCAUAAUGCAGGUGGCAUCUUCUGCCUUAAAAAUUUGUUCUCGAGAUUUACAAAGGAUCAUCUACGAACGACCCUUAUGAAGGGCUGCGGCUUCGACGGCUCAGACGAGCUACGUUCUUUUAUUAUUCUCUGCGCUCUGGAACAAUAUCUCUGAAUGAUCACCUGCAUUUAGCAACUUUUGAUACCAUUGAAAUUCUAUUCCAGGUGUUCGAUAUGGGUGGGGCGUUUUUGAUGAUUAUACCUUUAUUAGUCUUGUACUUGUCAACUCAUUAAGGGGGA